CCUGCUCGUGCUGGGCAGGGCGGGGAUGCGCAGUCGCGGCCCCUUCUCCUCCUCUCCCCCUCCCCGCCCCACCCCUCCCUCCAUCCCUCACCGGCUCCCCGGCUCCCGCCCCGCCCGCCCGCCGCUCCGGGGGGGUCUCCGCCGCCGCCGCCGCCGGAAGGAGCCGCCAUUUGCCACCGCCGAGCGCACGGGCCGAGCCGAGCCGGAUCCGGGAGUCGGAGCGGGAUUGGGGCUGGGAGGACGGCGAUGGGGGGCGGCCCCGCCGCAGAAAGACCGGGGCGCUUAAGCCCGGGCGCCCGGCCGGCUCCGGACCCCGACCCGCGGGGCGCGGCACCCUGAGCCCCUUCCCCGCCCCCUGCCCCUGCUCGGGCCAUGCCUGUCCACCCUGCCAUCCCCGGGCUGAUGGCCCUCUCGGCCCCGCGAGCCCUGGAGCCCCGGCAGUGGCAGCAGUGAACGGCGCUUGCAGGCCGCGGAGACCCCGGCCCGGUCCGGCGCUCCCGCGCGCGCCCCCUUCCCGGCCUUGUCCUCGCCCCUCCCCCCGCCGCCCGGGAGCCCCCCUCGCUCGCCGCCCCCCGCCCCCCGGUGCCCGGACGAUGCUCAAGUCUCGGCUCCGCAUGUUCCUGAACGAGCUGAAGCUGCUGGUGCUGACGGGCGGGGGGCGGCCCCGGGCCGAGCCGCAGCCCCGGGGGGGCGGGGGAGGCGGCUGCGGCUGGGCUCCCUUCGCUGGCUGCUCCGCCCGGGACGGCGACGGCGACGAGGAGGAGUACUACGGGUCGGAGCCGCGGGCCCGGGGCCUGGCCGGCGACAAGGAACCGCGGGCCGGACCCCCGCCGCCGCCCGCGCCGCCGCCGCCGCCCCCAGGCGCGCUGGACGCCCUGUCGCUCAGCAGCAGCCUGGACAGUGGGCUCCGAACCCCUCAGUGCAGGAUCUGCUUCCAAGGCCCGGAGCAGGGGGAGCUCCUGAGUCCUUGCCGCUGUGACGGCUCAGUGCGUUGUACACACCAGCCCUGCCUCAUCCGCUGGAUCAGUGAGAGAGGCUCUUGGAGCUGUGAACUCUGCUACUUCAAGUACCAGGUCCUGGCGAUCAGCACCAAGAACCCAUUGCAGUGGCAGGCCAUCUCCCUGACUGUCAUCGAGAAGGUCCAGAUUGCGGCCAUCGUUCUGGGCUCACUGUUCCUCGUCGCCAGCAUCUCCUGGCUCAUCUGGUCCUCGCUCAGCCCUUCAGCCAAGUGGCAGCGCCAGGAUCUCCUCUUCCAGAUCUGCUACGGCAUGUACGGCUUCAUGGACGUCGUCUGCAUAGGCCUCAUUGUUCAUGAAGGCUCUUCUGUCUACCGCAUCUUCAAGCGCUGGCAAGCAGUGAACCAACAGUGGAAGGUCCUGAAUUAUGACAAGACCAAGGACAUAGGAGGAGAUGCAGGGGGAGGGACAGCAGGGAAACCAGGCCCCAGGACCUCACGGACCAGCCCCCCGGCGGGGGCCCCCAGCCGGCCCCCAGCUGCCCAGCGCAUGCGGACGCUCUUGCCUCAGCGCUGUGGUUAUACAAUCCUGCAUCUCCUUGGACAGCUACGGCCACCGGAUGCCCGUUCCAGCUCUCAUUCUGGUCGAGAGGUUGUCAUGAGGGUCACUACAGUUUGACCUGGACUCCAGGGGCAGGGAUCUCAACUCAGAGUGGCAGCCAGAGAUGAGCUCUCCUGGCUGCUGAAGGUAUGACCUACACAAGGUGUUUGGGGCACAGCGGGCCCACCACUGAGGAUCUCUGUGGACAGCCUCAAGCUUGGAGACAUUGUCUGGCCUCUACUGCCCACAGAGUAGAGACACCUGGAUGACAUUCCAGCUCCCACCGACACCACCUCGUGCUCAUCUUGAGGAUGGCCGGCCAGCAGGCAGGCGGGCAAGCAGCUUUUCUUCUUGGAGAGAACCAUCUUUACCUCAGCUCUAGGGCCUCCAGUCCCCUGGCUCCACCAUGGUGACUUGGUAAAGGGAGACCAAUGCCAGAACACAAGGGGCUGUAGACCCCCAUUCCCCACCCCACGGCCACAGGGCAUCUGGCAAUAAGACUAGUAAACAUUGACCUCCCGUUCCCUGCAUGAGGGCGGGGGACUUCCCCCUGCCCCACCCCCCAUUGCAUGGGGGAAGGGCAUAAAGAAUCAUUUAUACGCACGUGGAGACUCCUUUCUCAUGGGGGCUUUUCUGAAGGCUGGAGGGUGUGGGGAGGCUCCUCAGCACAAGUUUGGAGUCCAAGCGUGGCUGGUAGCUGGAGGGACCCCUGCUUGCUUGCGAAUAGUUCACGCUGGCCGCUAGGUGGCAGUGCUCGAGGUAGCAGAGGAAGGUGGACUUGACACCUGUGAGUUAUAUGACUUAGAAACUUAGAAAAAAAAUCUGAUCCCCCCCCCCCCCCGUCUACCUCAUAGACUUGGAAUGAGGCUAAAUGAGGGAUGGGUUAAAUGCCAGUACAAAGACAUUGGUAGUGGUGGAAAAGGGUUCUGGACUCGUUGCCGUCCACUGAUUUCAGGUGGUAGGUGGCAUAUUGUCUGAAGGGCACGGAACUUUAACAUUCCGAGUGACAGAGUUACAGCGACUGCAGGGCAGUGGUUAUUGUAGGAAUAAGAACACUUUGACCCCCCAAACACUGAACUUGGGGCAACGCUGGAGCUACUCAGCCUGUUCUGAGAACACCUGUGUUCAGUCCUUUCCAGGGUCUGUGUCCCCCAAACAUGUUGUGCGAUGAACAUGGACUCAUUCGGAGUGACAGGGAGGGAGCCUCUUCCCUCACAGUUAGGUCUUUAAUCCCAGUUGAAACUGUAGCAGUUCAGGGUCACAGGUUUGAUCCAGGUGUGCCCAGCUAGUGCUAUCUCUGGAAGGUAGAAGCAUAGGAGAGCUGUUGUUUAUUAGAGAAACGGUUUGGGAAAUGUGGGUCCGAGGGCUGGGGGUGCGGGUCCGUGGUAGGAGUGCUUGCUGGUGUGCAUGAGGGCCUGGGUUUAACUCCAUACCACCAAAAGAUUAUGUGGCUCAACUUGAAGCUU